UGUGACUAGCUCAGAAUCUUCUGUUUUAACAGUACUUCCCUAGGGAAAUCCUCUCUGAUCCCUAGAUUAGGGUAGGAUGCCUUGCUACUGCUUUCAUAUCAACUUUUAAUUCUUCAGUUAUAACAAAACAUACUUGUUUGAUUUAUCUGCUUUCUGUGAUGUCAGGUUUUGUGUUGUUUGUUAUGAAGUCCCUAGCACCUAUACGUUACCUGACACACAGAAGAUGUUCAGUAUUUUCUACAGGAAAGAAUGAAUAUAGAAAGAGAGAUGAUGUAGCUUAGGGAGGCUUUAUUGAGAGGAUAGGUCUUAAAGGAUGAGUACCUAUUUUGAUUAAAAGAGGGUAAAUACUACAUAGAUAGAAAUAUUUGUGUACAUGUGAUUUUUCAUUCAGAUGUGUUAUAGUACACAUACAGCAGAAUACCAAGCUCUGUGUCUCCAACCUGUGCAGUUAGAGGCAGUAGUUUUUCUAAAGGUAUAAUUUGGAUCAGCCCGGUUUCUUAAAACUCAUUGUGGCUAGUCUCCAUCAAAUGUUGUGUGUGAAAGAAGGGAAACUAUUCACAGGUAAAUAAAGAGUUCAUAAUCAAGAAUUCAGGCUGUUCAUAAUGUGAGGGCCAUUUCAGGAUAAUAUGUUGUACUUGGUGUCUUAAUUUUGAAUGUAGUUGAAUUGAGUAUAAUCUUAGUCUUUUUUUUUUUUUUGGUUUGUGUUUUCUUUAGUUCUAAAACACAACCUUUUGUCACAUGGUAAAGAGAAAGCAUUUCUAAUUAUAAUUUUUGAGAUAUUGAUUCUAUUAUUAGAACACUUUAUCAAUCUUAAAGUUUCCUGAUUCUGCUAUGUUGUGGUAAAAGAAAACAGUAUUCAAACUUUGAUAAUUAAGACACAGUGAAAAUUCAUAGUAAAAAUGCCAAUAACUUACAUAGGUUUCAUUACUUGACUUAACUAUGCAGUUUUAGAAUUUGGUAAUACCACAUUAUCUUUUACAUGUAAACUCUUUAGAAGAUAUUAAAUAAAAAGAUAAAAUGUAUGUUGGUCUGAAGAAUCUGAAACAUAAAUGAAAUCCCUGAAAAUUAAAAGGGGAAUAUGUAUUUACCUAUUUACUAUUUACACAACUAUCAAAGAUUGCCAAAAUAAAAAUCCUUUUUAGGCACUCAUCAUUUUGAUGGGUGGAUAAGUGAUGAUAUUCAGAGUUUGGAGGGAAGAUUCCUUUAAGAGAAUAUACUUUUGCUUGGUAAGUCAUAAAGCCUAAAGCUUAGUCACGUAUACAGAAAGCAGCCUAAUAAUUAAGAGUUGACAUUUUAACACGGUAUUUGCAACAGACACAUUGGAUACUUAAUUAAAAGGAGAACUGCUUAUUUUUAAAGGACUGAAAAAAUUUGACUCUCCUUGGCAAAUGAAAUCUUCAUAGUAUCAGAAAUGGGAAAUCUGAAGGAUGUGGCUCAUUCUCUGUUUGGAUGAUGCAGAAUUGCUCUAAGCAGUAAGCUUACUGUUUUCAGACAGCAUUAGCAGCAUCAGCAAAUACAACUGUGUCAGUCUCUCUUAGUAUGGGGUGUUUGUAACUGCACAGGGGAGAUGAUAAAUAGUAUAUGAUUUGACAUCUUGAUGAUGGCUUAAACAGAUACUGAUGGACAGAUCUGCUGUUUGAUAUUUUUUUCACUAGCCCUGAAGAUGCUGAGACAUAGAGAUCGCUGUGAUUAUCUUUUGUAAGACAGGAAAUGCAGUCUUUAGGGGUUUCUGGAAAUAGAAAGGUCAUGCAGUCUGGAACCUGUGAGCCUUUUCAAUCUCUAAGUCAUCAGAGAAAUGAUGAAGAAGCAGUUGUGGAUAGAGGUGGAACUCGUUCUAUUCUCAAAACACACUUUGAGAAAGAAGAUUUAGAAGGUCAUCGAACACUAUUUAUUGGAGUACAUGUGCCCUUGGGAGGAAGAAAAAGCCAUCGACGUCACAGACAUCGUGGUCAUAAACACAGAAAGAGAGACAGAGAGAGAGAUUCAGGAUUAGAGGAUGGAAGGGAGUCACCUUCUUUUGACACCCCAUCACAGAGGGUACAGUUUAUUCUUGGAACCGAGGAUGAUGACGAGGAACACAUUCCUCAUGACCUUUUCACAGAACUGGAUGAGAUUUGUUGGCGUGAAGGUGAGGAUGCUGAGUGGCGAGAAACAGCCAGGUGGUUGAAGUUUGAAGAAGAUGUGGAAGAUGGAGGAGAAAGGUGGAGCAAGCCUUAUGUAGCUACUCUUUCAUUGCACAGCUUGUUUGAGUUGAGAAGUUGUAUUCUGAAUGGAACUGUGUUGCUGGACAUGCAUGCCAACACUUUAGAAGAAAUUGCAGAUAUGGUUCUUGACCAACAAGUGAGCUCAGGUCAGCUGAAUGAAGAUGUACGCCACAGGGUCCAUGAGGCGUUGAUGAAACAACAUCAUCAUCAGAAUCAGAAAAAACUCACCAACAGGAUUCCCAUUGUUCGUUCCUUUGCUGAUAUUGGCAAGAAACAGUCAGAACCAAAUUCCAUGGACAAAAAUGGUCAGGUUGUUUCUCCUCAGUCUGCUCCAGCCUGUGUUGAAAAUAAAAAUGAUGUUAGCAGAGAAAACAGCACUGUUGACUUUAGCAAGGGACUGGGAGGCCAACAAAAGGGGCAUACUAGUCCAUGUGGGAUGAAACAAAGGCAUGAAAAAGGACCUCCACACCAGCAAGAGAGAGAGGUUGAUCUGCACUUUAUGAAAAAGAUUCCUCCAGGUGCUGAAGCAUCAAACAUCUUAGUGGGAGAACUGGAGUUCUUGGAUCGAACUGUAGUUGCGUUUGUCAGGUUGUCUCCAGCUGUAUUGCUUCAAGGACUGGCUGAAGUCCCAAUCCCAACCAGAUUUUUGUUCAUUCUUCUGGGACCCCUGGGAAAGGGUCAACAGUACCAUGAGAUUGGCAGAUCAAUUGCAACCCUAAUGACAGAUGAGGUAUUUCAUGAUGUGGCUUAUAAAGCUAAAGAUCGUAAUGACUUGGUAUCAGGAAUUGAUGAGUUUCUGGAUCAGGUUACUGUUCUCCCUCCUGGAGAAUGGGAUCCAAGCAUCCGAAUAGAGCCUCCCAAAAAUGUACCUUCCCAGGAGAAGAGGAAGAUUCCUGCUGUACCAAAUGGAACAGCAGCUCAUGGGGAAGCAGAGCCCCACGGAGGGCAUAGUGGACCUGAACUCCAGAGAACUGGAAGGAUUUUUGGGGGACUUAUUUUAGAUAUCAAAAGAAAAGCUCCAUACUUCUGGAGUGACUUCAGAGAUGCUUUCAGCUUGCAGUGCUUAGCAUCUUUUCUGUUUCUCUACUGCGCGUGUAUGUCUCCUGUCAUCACAUUUGGAGGACUGCUGGGAGAAGCAACUGAAGGGCGUAUAAGUGCAAUUGAAUCUCUCUUUGGAGCAUCCAUGACUGGGAUAGCCUAUUCUCUCUUUGGUGGACAGCCUCUUACCAUAUUAGGCAGUACAGGACCAGUUUUGGUGUUUGAAAAGAUUUUGUUUAAAUUUUGCAAAGAAUAUGGGCUGUCAUACCUAUCUUUAAGAGCUAGCAUUGGACUUUGGACAGCAACUCUGUGUAUCAUACUUGUGGCUACUGAUGCUAGUUCCCUUGUCUGCUACAUCACUCGGUUUACUGAAGAAGCUUUUGCUUCCCUGAUUUGCAUCAUUUUCAUUUAUGAGGCCCUGGAGAAGUUGUUUGAACUCAGUGAAGCUUAUCCAAUCAACAUGCAUAAUGAUCUGGAACUGCUGACACAAUACUCGUGUAACUGUGUGGAACCGCAUAAUCCCAGCAAUGAUACAUUGAAGGAAUGGAGGGAAUCCAAUAUUUCUGCCUCUGACAUAAUAUGGGAGAAUCUAACUGUGUCAGAAUGCAAAUCAUUGCAUGGAGAGUAUGUUGGACGGGCCUGUGGCCAUGAUCACCCAUAUGUUCCAGAUGUUCUAUUUUGGUCGGUGAUCCUGUUCUUUUCCACAGUUACUCUGUCAGCCACCCUGAAGCAGUUCAAGACUAGCAGAUAUUUUCCAACCAAGGUUCGAUCCAUAGUGAGUGACUUUGCUGUCUUUCUUACAAUUCUGUGUAUGGUUUUAAUUGACUAUGCCAUUGGGAUCCCAUCUCCAAAACUACAAGUACCAAGUGUUUUCAAGCCCACCAGAGAUGAUCGUGGCUGGUUUGUUACACCUUUAGGUCCAAACCCAUGGUGGACAGUAAUAGCUGCUAUAAUUCCAGCUCUGCUUUGUACUAUCCUAAUUUUUAUGGACCAACAGAUUACAGCUGUCAUCAUCAACAGAAAAGAACAUAAGCUAAAGAAAGGUUGUGGGUACCAUCUGGACCUAUUAAUGGUGGCUGUCAUGCUCGGUGUAUGCUCCAUCAUGGGCCUGCCAUGGUUUGUGGCUGCCACAGUCCUCUCCAUCACUCAUGUCAAUAGCCUAAAACUGGAAUCAGAAUGUUCAGCUCCAGGAGAACAACCCAAAUUUCUCGGCAUUCGGGAGCAAAGGGUUACAGGGCUUAUGAUUUUUAUUCUUAUGGGUUCAUCAGUCUUUAUGACCAGUAUUCUGAAGUUUAUUCCCAUGCCAGUGCUAUAUGGAGUGUUUCUUUAUAUGGGUGCUUCAUCUCUAAAGGGAAUUCAGUUCUUUGAUAGGAUAAAGCUCUUCUGGAUGCCUGCAAAACAUCAACCAGAUUUUAUAUACCUAAGGCAUGUACCACUUCGAAAAGUGCAUCUCUUCACGAUUAUUCAGAUGAGUUGCCUUGGCCUUUUGUGGAUAAUAAAAGUUUCAAGAGCUGCUAUUGUCUUUCCCAUGAUGGUGUUAGCCCUGGUAUUUGUAAGAAAGUUGAUGGACUUGUUGUUCACGAAGCGGGAACUCAGUUGGUUGGAUGAUUUAAUGCCCGAGAGUAAGAAAAAGAAACUGGAAGAUGCUGAAAAAGAAGAAGAACAAAGUAUGCUAGCUAUGGAAGAUGAGGGCACAGUACAACUCCCAUUGGAAGGACACUAUAGAGAUGAUCCAUCUGUGAUCAAUAUAUCUGAUGAAAUGUCAAAGACUGCCUUGUGGAGGAACCUUCUGAUUACUGCCGAUAACUCAAAAGAUAAGGAGUCAAGCUUUCCUUCUAAAAGCACUGAAAGCCGAAAAGAGAAGAAAGCUGACUCAGGGAAAGGUGUUGACAGGGAGACUUGUCUAUGACUCGAUCUUCAAUUUAUUUUUUACAUAUAUAUGAGAAGAGUGUCACAAUUAUUAAUAAAACUGCUUUGAUCAUGUAGUGUAAAUUCUGUCCCUCAACCCAAAUCCACCUUCACACUGUAAGUAGUGCAAUACUUGUUUCAUUUCUGUGUUUAAACUUCUGAGCAGUGAGACACCCCUGCGAGCAGAUACAAUAGCCAAGGCAAGAAUCUGUGUGUUCCUUGCUGUACCUUAGACAUUUGUAAACUGGAUUCUGAUUGUCAGUUUUAUGAGAGCAAUAGCUUCCUUAAAGAGAUAAGUCAUAUUUACCUAGUUUGUAUUUUCCUACUUUAGUGACCUGAAGAUGCCUGAUAAUUUCAUUCAGAAUAAUUUUUGAAAGGUUGUCUUACUUCUUUUUAGUUUUUAUAGCUUAGUGUUAGUGACUUAUUUCAAAAGACCCAAAUCAAAAAGUUAGUUUGAAAGCAUUUUUUAAUAAUUGUAUUUAUGCAUUUCCUUGAUUUAAUAUGAUACAUUUAAUACUUAACAAUUUAUAUGUAACUAAAACUUAAAGUCACUUGAAAAACUAUAUAGAAACCUAUUUACAACUUGUUAAGGAGAAUCAGACAUAAUGCAGAGUUAAGUAGUAUUUGCUUAAAAUUCAAGUUGUGACUAAUGAUCAAAUACUAGGCUUGUACGAAAUGCUUUAGAAAAACUUUGUAAUGGUUUUGUGGGAUUUUUCAAUAUAAACCUUUAUCAGAAAUAUGCUAAGUUUGUCUCCCACUGACAACAGAUGUUUUCCAAAUAAACAUAUACUUGUGGAAUGCCACAUGGUGAAUCAUUGUAUGUGAAAUUCCACUCCUGUACAGUUACUCUGCGGCUAAUGGUCAUGCACUGCUUAAUGCUGGUCCUGAAUCAUGUUCUCAUGUUAGAACAACAGGUGUCCAAUUGUCAUUUUUUUCUGCAGUUUUUUUUCCACUUUUAAAUUAAAUGCAUGUUGUGGAAAAACAGUCUUUUAAAAGAAAAUUUCAGAUUCUAUUUGAGAAGGUUCUGUAGAUAUUUCAGUCCAUAUAAAAUAAUACAUCUUUACUAAACUUAUAUAAGGGGAGAGAAAGUAAAGAAGUUUUGGACAUUACUAAAAUACAGUAUUUCAUUUCACUUUCAAUGAAUGUGAAGUUAAUAAAACUAAAUCUCAUAAUGCUCUUGCUUCCUAAGAAUGAGCAGUAAUCAUCAACUUUAUAAUACUCCAAUAUUCCGUUACAAUAAUUCAGAGCCCUGUGGCUUUUACAGACUGUUAAUUAUGUACUCUGCUUGGAAGUGCACAUGAAAAGUGAGGAAAAGUUCCUCUUGUGAUUAAACUAAUGAGACGAAAUAAAAUCAACAAAGCCUCCUUUAAGUUCUACAUUUUGAUACCUUUUAAAAAUUCCCCUCACAAUUCUUUAAGGAGCCCCCCUUUUUAUGGAACAUGAGCCUAAAAUUUAUAGAAAGAAGAAUUUUAAGUUAAUAAAGUUCGUAUUUAUAAGUGCUGAAAAAAUACAGAAACUUUCUGUUCCAAAUGUGUUGCCUUUGUGUAUUUUAUAAUACAGAUACAACAUUGUAAACAUUUUCAUUGUUUUAUGAUUUAGCCAGUGAUUCCCCAAAGCAGUCUCUUAGUGUUUUAAUAUAUUAAUAACUGUUCUGUUGAAAAUGAUCAUAGUGAAUUUAAAUCUUCACAUGAUCACCUAUUUGAAUAAGCAAUCAUAUCCAAUGAAAUUCUGUAUUUCUGAGUAUUUUUAUAGUCAUUUUGUUCUUGUGUGAAUUUUAAAGCUAUCCCUAUGUUAAUCCUAAUAUUUUGAAAUCAUAUAAAAUAUAAGAAAAAUGUAGUAUUAUAUAUUUACUUCUAAUUUCAGAUUCCUGGUCAAAAUUACUGAAUAUCUUGAAUGUAAUUUAGCAAAAAGUUUAAGUAAUGUGUAAAUGUGACUAGGAUAUUGUGUUUUUCACAAUUAAGAAAUGUUAUGUGGAAAUAAAUAUUUAUCCUAACUAAUUUCCUUGCACAUUUUAAA